AUGGCUGCAUUUGCGAGGUCUUACACCUCCGACCCUGUGGACGUCAUCAUAUCAGACUACAUGUCCGAGGUAAACAUGACGAUCGGGGCCGCCAGAAAGGUCGACUCGACGCACUUGACUCCGGACAUGGGCAAUGCCUUUGUUGGCGCAGGUCCGGCUUUUGAAGCCUCAUUCCUCGAGGCCUUGGAACCGGCGUUAGAAGACCUGGGAAGGUACGGGAUCAAAGUGGCUGCAAACGCAGGAAAUGCGGACGUACAAGGCCUGUAUAAAAUUGUGGUCGAGAUGGUGAGGAAGAAAGGGCUGCAAGACAAGAUCAAAGUCGCGUGGAUCUCGGGCGACGAGGUCUUGCCGGCAAUCAAUGAAGGGUUGAAGAACGGGAGUUCCAAGUUCAAGAACAUCUAUACAGGCCAGGUGCUGGAGAGGUGGGAAUUUGAACCCAUCUACGCGCAUGCCUAUCUGGGCGGCAUGGGCAUUGCAGAGGCCUUUCGCCAGGGAGCCCAGAUUGUGAUUUGUGGCAGAGUCGCUGAUGCGUCGCCCGUCAUCGGGGCAGCGACGUGGUUUCACGAGUGGAAGAGGGAGGACUUUGGUCGAUUGGCCAAUGCCUUUGUCGCGGGCCAUCUGAUCGAGUGCUCGACCUAUGUCACGGGCGGGAACUUCUCUGGAUUCAAGAGCCUUGAGGCUGCGGAUAGGUGGGUUGAUAUCGGAUACCCAAUCGCUGAGAUCUCGCAGGAUGGGCAAGUGGUCAUCACAAAACAGAAGAACUCGGGCGGAACAGUGACGGUUCACACAUGCUCGUCGCAGCUGCUGUACGAGAUCCAAGGACCCUGGUAUUUCAACAGCGAUGUCACCGCCGUCCUGGAUCAACUCUGGUUCGAACAGCUCGGCCCUGACCGCGUUGCACUGCACGGCGUCCAAGCCCUCCCGCCACCACCCACGACAAAAGUCGGAAUUACCGCUCGCGGCGGAUUCCAAGCUGAGGCCUGGUACUUCAUGACUGGGUUGGACGUCGCCGAAAAGGCCCGCAUGACUGAAGCACAGCUUCGCCAUAGCCUCAAGCGGUACUCGGACAAACUUACCACACUGUCGUUCAGCGUCCUGGGAACGCCGGGCGUGGACGCGGACAACCAAAACGCCGCGACUUGCAUAUUCCGCGUAUUCGCGCAAGCGAAGGAAUUGAAGGACAUUGCGUCGGGAAAGUUUCUUAGACCGGUGAUUGACAAUAUAAUGCAAAGCUACCCAGGUUCCACUUUCCAUCUGGAUUUCCGUCUGGGGAUCCCGAAGCCAUACUUUGAAUAUUAUGUCACAUUGCUGGAUCAAGCGAAGGUGUCACAUGUGGUGCAUUUCAACGGCCGAGAAACACUGAUCCCACCACCUACAAUCACGAAUGUCUUCGCGGAGAGGCAACCAAGUCAGCCAAGCACGCAGCUGCAGGUCGACCUCUCGAAAUUCGGUCCGACAGAACGGGCUCCCCUGGGAUCCAUUGUCAACGCCCGCUCCGGCGACAAGGGCUCGGACUGCAACUGCGGCUUCUGGGUCGCGCGGGAGGACGAGUACGUGUGGCUGAAGAACCUGCUCUCUGUCUCGACCAUCAAGCUGCUUUUGGGGAAGGAGUACGACGAAUCGAGGGUGCCCAAGCUCGAGAUUGAGCGGUUUGAGUUGCCGAAUCUGAGGGGUGUGCACUUCUUGUUCAGAAACCUCCUGGAUCGCGGCGCCACCAGUACGAGCACCGUAGAUUUCCUGGGCAAGAACUGUGCCGAGUUCUUGAGGGCCCGGUACGUCGAUGUGCCCGUGAGGUUUUUGGCCAGAGGCAGGUUGUGA